AUUGAUUACAUAUGAUUCUUCCUCAGUGCUUUAUUGCCCCACGCUAUGUUCAGUCAACAUGUCCCACUGUUGUUUAUGGCCUCUGUUAAUAUGAGCAGCGUCUGGAGGUGUGACAACCCAAUAAAUGAGUAAUAGUGUUUGAGCAGCUGGGGAGAAAGAGAGAGAAGAGCAGGGGAGAUACAGUGCACAGGUCCUCGGGCGCUCAAGUGGAAGUUCAUCAUCACCUCCGUCAUUGACACCAUCAGCUCCUGGACAGACAGCUUCUCUGUCUGACAACAGAGACAGGGAGUUCAGUGUGAGAUGAGAAGAGCGAUCUAACCCUCGGCGAUGAAGAAGCUACAAGCUCUGAGAGUGAGGAACGCUCUGGUGCGAGAGUGCAUGGCUGAGUUUUUGGGAACUUUCGUCUUGCUGCUCUUUGGCUGCUCCGCUGCGGCGCAGGUGAAGACGAGCAGAGAGACAAAGGGCCAGUUCCUGUCGGUAAACAUGGCCUUCUCUGUGGGCGUGAUGUCGGCCAUGUAUCUCACCAAGGGCAUCACAGGUGCCCAUCUGAACCCGGCGGUGAGUCUGAGUUUCUGCGUGCUGGGACAGGUGCGAUGGGGAAGGCUGGUGCCCUACUGCCUCUCCCAGCUGCUGGGGGCGUACAUGGCGUCAGCGCUCGUCUACCUGGUCUACUAUGAUGCUAUAAUGGACUUCAGUGGUGGAGAUUUGACUGUAUAUGGCCCUAAUGAGACGGCCUCUAUAUUUGCCACGUAUCCCUCAGAGUACAUGACUUUGGGCAGAAGUUUCCUCGACCAGGUCGUGGGCACUGGCAUGCUGAUGUUGUGCAUCCUGUGUUUGGGUGAAAAGAGGAAUACCCCGGCUCCCGCAGAGCUGAUCCCUCCGAUAGUGGCAGUGAUCGUCCUGGGGAUCUCCAUGUCAAUGUCCGGCAACUGCGGUGCUGCGAUCAAUCCUGCGAGGGACCUGGGGCCGCGCCUCUUUACCCUGACUGCCGGCUGGGGCACAGAGGUCUUCACGUGUUACAACUACUGGUUCUGGGUACCCCUGGUGGCUCCACCUAUAGGAGGUGUGAUGGGCACGUUCAUGUAUCUGAUUUUCAUCGAAUGGCAUCUGCCUGACCCGGACCAACCUGACAACGACUCCACUCUCUCCAUUAGCGAGACAAUAAAGCAGCCCGGCUCCACGUGGGAGAAAGAUGUGGAAUUAAAGUCUUCGCAUUUCUAAGCUGUUAUAACAUACGUCCCGCAUGACAAAGCUGCUAUUAACCUCCCCGUUUAAAGACAAGUGAAUGUGGUUUUAAAUCGUUUUUGAGAGGGCAAGACGUGAACGCGUGAGAUUAAGAACUGUUCAGACAUGCACACAUCACACAAAGGAUUUAUUAUUAAUACACUCUGAACUAUGAAGUGAGCUUCUACUCACAGCCAGUAGAGGUGGAGGCAGCUGAAAGAGAUAUUGAUUGAGUGUUAAUGCUGUUUACAUUGAUGCCUGUAUUCUCCAGAAUAUUGAUUUAUUCUCGGUAGAUUAUAUUACUGAGUUGUAUUUACUGUUUAUGAAAUGCCUUGAUGACUAUUGAGGACAUGUUAAGAUGAUUUGAUAAAACGUUGCUCUGAAAAAUAAAACAAUGAUAUCUCUCUUAACGACAGUGAUUAUAAACUUGGGGUUAGGGGUCAGUGUCAUCACGGUAAAUGUUGUGUUUCACAUAUGUAUGUUUUGAAAUCCUUGCAGAGUAUAUUGCUCGCAGUAUAUUUUGUAUUUUUCACACAUAGCUUUCAUGUUUCAUUCUCUCUGCCUGGUAGUUAGACACAUGUCUUUGAGCCAGUAAGGAGGUUUACUUCACUGUAUGCGAGGAGAAGAGGGUCACUUCAGGGACUCAAUUCAGAACAUACAGCCCUCCAACAUCCGGAGGUCCACGUUAUGAUUACCUGACUCAUUUCAUCAGUGUUUUAGAUCGCUUCGGACUCUCCAGUCUGUCUGGGAUGCACUCAAGAGAAGAUUGUGAAAUAGGUUGAUUACAGAGUAAUGACAU